AUGUCAGAACAAGCACCAGAAGAUGAGAAGAACAAUGGGGUGCAAGGUGGCCCAAAGCCGUGGUGGUCGCCUUUGAGAUAUAUUCCAACGAAGCAGGACCUCCGGAAAACCUUCGUUUAUCUCCAUUUGCUCUUUUCGUCGGAUCCGACUCCUCUGGAUAUUUUCCUGGUAAUCGGCGGAUUGAUCUUUGCUAUCGCAGCCGGUAUUCCUUUCCCUUUGCUGGGUAUCCUGUUCGGACAGCUGGUCAAUGACAUGAACUCGGCCACAUGCGAUGCAACGACAGCCAACAAGUCUGCCUUGACUGACAGCGUACGCACGAAGGUGUUGUAUGUGAUCUACAUCACCAUCGCAAAUUUCGGCUUCAUUUACCUCCACACGGGAUGCUGGAGCUUGGUUGGAGAACGCCUGGUGAGGCGUCUGCGGAAGCGAUACUUCGACAGUGUGCUAAAGCAAGAGGCGGCCUUUAUCGAUUCUCUGCCCCCAGGAGAUGUCGUCUCGCGCCUUGUCGCGGACAUCGAGGUAGUCCAAUCAGGUACUUCUGAGAAAGUUGGUAUCUAUAUAUCAACCCUCUCUUACUUCACAGCCUCGUAUGUCGUUGCAUUCAUCAAGGUUGCAGCUAUUGCCGGUAUGCUCGUGUCAGUCGUGCCCUGCUAUUUCCUGAUGGCAUUCCUGGGUGGCCAUUACAUGAAGAAAUAUGCCGGACGAAUGGCAGAGCAUGUCAAUGCAGCUACUUCGAUUGCAUCGUCCAGUCUGUCGCAUCUGCCACUGGUGCACGCCUUCAAUGCCAAUGAGCGUCUCGAGGCCCUGUUCGCUGCGCACCUUAGCAAGUCUCGCAAGGACGCAGUCAAGAAGGCCCUUACGCAUGCACUGCAGUUAGGCUUGCUCUAUUUCAUCGCAUAUUCGUCCAAUGCUCUCGCUUUCUGGCAGGGCAGUAGGAUGAUUUCGGAUGCUGUAGCCAAGAACGAGUCGGGAACAACAGUUGGAGCCGUCUAUACCGUUAUAUUCGUUCUUCUCGAUGCCUCCUUCAUUCUCAGUCAGGUAGCGCCCUUCGUGCAUAUUUUUGCUGCUGCUGCAGAUGCGUCGAAACGACUGUUUGAGACCAUUGACCGGCAAUCGGCAAUUGAUGGUACCUCCUCUGAGGGUGAUAAAACCGCAUCCUUUGCGACGGAGGAUAUCGAAUUCAGAGACGUCCGAUUCUCCUAUCCUUCUCGUCCGGAGAUCACUGUGUUACAGGGCGUCAAUUUCAAGAUCCCUCCGAACAAGCAUACCGCUAUCGUGGGAGCAUCCGGAGGUGGAAAAUCGACAGUUGUGUCUCUUCUAGAGCGAUUCUAUGACCCUACAGAUGGAGAGAUCGUGAUCGGCGGCCGCAACUACAAGGAAUUGAACGUCAAAUAUCUACGAGGGAACAUUGGUCUCGUCCAGCAGGAACCUUCACUGCUCGAUAGAUCUAUCCUGGAGAAUAUUGCACACGGUCUUGUCAGCUCUGCCGCAGAACAGCACCAACACCUGGCUCCUUUCCUCCUCGAUUCCACUCUUCCGGACCUGGCAAAGAAGAUCCGGGAUGGUUCCUCAGAAGGAGAAGCCCUUUCCUCCUUCGAUCCCGCGGUCUCUGAAAUUGUCAAUCUUGCGAGAGAAGCCGCCCGCACAGCAAACGCGCUGACUUUCAUUGAGGCUCUUCCACAUGGAUUUGCCACAAAUGUCGGUGCAGCAGGAAACCAGAUGAGUGGUGGACAGAAGCAACGAAUCGCCCUUGCCCGUGCGCUUGUCCGCGAACCGCGUCUUCUUCUCUUGGAUGAAGCUACGGCUGCAUUGGACUCGACCAGUGAGCAACUGAUCCAGUCUGCCCUGGCAAAAGUAUCGGAUAGAGUCACGAUAGUGUCAAUUGCUCAUCGUCUGGCUACCGCAAAGGAUGCUCAUAAUAUCAUUGUCAUGCAAAAGGGCCAAGUUGUCGAACAGGGAACACAUCAGGAGCUUGUCGCUCAAGAUGGCGUCUAUGCGGGCAUGGUGCGACUGCAAAACCUUGGAAAACUCACCGUUGCAGAUACUGUGCCAGCUGUAGAUUCGGUCACUCGAUCAGAACCUAGCGAGGAGCACAUCAAAGCGGCAUCACUGGACAAGGAGGCCUUGGUGCUCCAGUCCGGUUCUGGUUCUGAUACCUCAGCAGACGAGAAGGCUGUUGUCACAGAAAGCUCGCCACCGGCCUCAAGAGGAAAAGAAGAGAAAAAGCCCAAAGAAAAGCGCUCUCUGUGGUUUACAAUGAAGACCAUCUUCCCCCUCAUCCGUCCUAACUUGCUCUAUAUCUUCGUGGGACUCGGUACAUCUUGUGUGGUUGGAGGUAGUUAUUCCGGUGAAGCUAUAAUUUUCGGUCACACCGUUGGCAGUCUUAGCCCCUGCAAAGGAGCUCCCAGCAUUCGGCAUAGCGGAAACCUCUAUGGAGGUCUAUUCUUUAUGAUGGCCAUGGUGGAAUUCAUUGCCAUUAUUAUUAACGGUACUGCAUUUGGCUGGGCGGCCGAAAAAAUUCUGUACCGUGUCCGCGUCCUGUCACUACGAUCUCUGCUGCGGCAAACACUCCACUGGCACAGUUCAGAUGGCCGCAAGCCCGGUACCCUGAUCUCGUAUAUCACAAGCGAUGCAGCUGCUCUUAGUGGGUUGACGGGAACGACUAUUGGUCUUUUGUUCUCCACAUCCGUCAACCUGGUUGCCGGAAUUGUCAUCUCGCACGUUAUUGCAUGGAAGAUUUCGGUUGUCCUGUUGGCAACUAUCCCCGUUCUUCUAUCUGCUGGUAUUAUGAGACUGAGGGUCCAAGCGCAGUUUGCGGAGCGGCAUCAGAAGGCGUUUGCCGAUGCCACCGCGAUAACUGUUGAGGCGGUCGACAAUAUCAAGAUAAUUGCUGCGUUCUCCUUAGAGAAUGAGGUGUAUCAGGUAUACAGUCGAUCACUGCAGGGUCCCUACAGAGCAACAAUGAAGGCUAUUGCGUGGAGCAAUGUGUGGCUUUCGCUCGCUUUCAGUAUCAGUAACCUCGUUUAUGCUCUCGCCUACUGGUGGGGAUCUCGACAGAUCACUGAGGGAAAGUAUUCGCAGACUCAAUUCUUCAUUGUGCUGCCGGCUUUGCUCUUCAGUACGCAGUCCUGCGGGCAGAUGUUCGCACUGGCGCCAGACGUCUCGAAGGCACGAGUGGCAACCAGCAAUAUCGUUGGUCUCCUUACUUCACACUCAGCGGAAGAUGAGCUUGGUAUAAAGCCCCAGGGGGGCGUGGAUGUGGUGGACGAGAAGGUGAAAGACGUUGAAGCGCGUCCCCAGGGGUACCUUAGUGAGUCCCCCGGUUUGCCUCCAAUGAAUGGCAUCGGUGUAAGACUCCAAAACAUCCAUUUCACAUAUGCCUCUCGACCGGACCAGAAGGUCCUCGAUGGCCUGACUCUGGAGGUUCCUGCUGGAAAAUUCUGCGCUCUGGUCGGUCCUAGUGGUUCUGGAAAAUCGACAACUUUCGCUAUGAUCGAACGCUUCUACCGUCCAUCUUCGGGUGCAGUCAUCAUCGACGGGGUCGACAUCACCAAGCAGACGGGCACUUCUUUCAGAGAUGACAUCGCCCUUGUACCACAGGAGAACGUCAUGUUCGAAGGAACCGUUGCUUUCAACAUCGGUCUGGGAGCUCGUCCCGACCACGAGGCCACUCAGGAAGAGAUCGAAGAAGCCUGCCGUCUAUCCAAUAUCCACGAUGUCAUCAUGUCCCUUCCCAAUGGGUAUCAGACUGUGUGCAGUCAAGACGGAAAGCAAUUCUCCGGUGGUCAAAGACAGCGACUGUCAAUCGCUCGAGCUCUUGUUCGAAAGCCCAGACUCCUUCUUCUCGAUGAGUCCACCAGUGCCCUAGACGUCGAGUCUGAGAAGCGCAUUCAAGAAGCAUUGGCCAUGAUUGCGCAGCACACCACCAUUGUCGCCAUCGCUCACCGUCUCAACACCAUCCAUCGCGCGGAUCGGAUCUUCCUCAUCGAAGGAGGUCGCUGCGUGGAGCAGGGCACACACACCGAGCUGAUCGAGCGCAGCGAGACUUACAGGACGAGCGUGAUCCACCAGUCUCUGGAGACAUGACGAGACUGCAUCAAACAAUGAAGAAUGGAAGGGGGGACCUCGUGGAGGUGAACGUUUCUUUCCCGUUCGUACUGUUGAUAUCCAACCAUAUCUUGACUUUAAUCAUGGGGUUAAUCGGCGUGAUGGGCGUUUUGCACAACAAUAAUGUUCAGUCCUACCUAGUAUACAUAUAUACAAUGCAUCGAGGACGAUCAUAGACAUAUAGUAUCCAUAGUUAGAUAGAAUCGCAUCUUACAGAUGAUUCCAGGAACGCAUAGGACAUUUCAAUCAUAAUCUACGUGAAAUUCGAUAGUUGGUAC